AUGUUUGGUUUUGAUUCGGUGUCCCGUAUGACUUUCAUGCGGUGCUUGCCAAAAACAUACUCGUUUCUAAUCAAAGAACUCGGUGCUGUUGUUAUGAAAGGAUACAAUAUUGUUGGGGAUGGUACACCAGCAGCACUUCUUCCUAUUUUGACAGGAUAUACUGAAAUAGAAUUACCGGAAUCAAGACGAGGACAUGCAGGAGCUGAAACCGUCGAUCAGUAUCCUUGGAUUUGGAACCAAUUGAAAGAUAAUGGUUAUGUGACUCAAUGGGCAGAAGAUAUGCAGAGCGUUGGCACAUUUCAAUAUCGUCUAAAAGGCUUUCGAGAUCCACCCGUGGAUCAUUACGGUCGCCCGUUCUAUCUGUUUGCCGAACGCAUCAAUACGUUGAAACAGCUUUGUUUUGGUUCGAUCACUCGUCUUCAGGCGAUGUUCACUUGGAUUCGUAAUUUCUUCGAUAUGUAUCCUCAUCAACCGAAAUUUUCAUAUCUUUUCCAUUCCUAUUAUUCGCACAAUUCUAACGAUCGUUUACCAUAUGCUGACAAUGAACUUUUAACUUUUCUCCAAAUGAUGCAAGCACAUGGUUAUCUUGAUGACACGAUGCUCAUCAUAAUGGCUGAUCAUGGUGCUCGGUUCUCAGCAUUACGAAGGACUUAUCAGGGUAAAUUGGAAGAACGUUUACCUUUCAUGUCCAUUCGAAUGCCACCCAAAUUUCAAGCACAAUAUCCGACGAUCAUGAAAAACUUACGUUUAAAUUCACAUCGUUUAACGACGCCAUUCGAUCUUCAUGAAACAUUCCAACAUCUCUUCCAGUUUCAUGCACGCGCUCCUUAUGAAUCAAAAUCGAAUCGUUCUUUCAGUUUAUUUGAGUUGGUGCCCGAAAAUCGAACUUGUGCUCAAGCCGAUGUUGAUCAACAUUGGUGUGCGUGCCUCGAUUGGCAUGACAUAUUAGUCAAUACGUCGAUCAUUCAGCAGUAUGGUCGAGCUGUUGUCGAUUUCCUGAACAAUAAUAAUUGGGUUUGGAAUAAAAAAUACGCAUGUGAUUUAGACUAUUCAAGUUCAAUGAAAAUUUUAGGAUGA